AUGGUUCAAAUUUGUGGAAAUUUUAAUAUUUACAGAAGUAAUAGGUCAAGAAUUUCUCAUGAAGGGGUUAAUAGCGAGCAUAUAUCAUAUGAUCAAUAUGAGCAGGAGGAAGAAAAACAUGAGGAAGUUGACGUGGAUUAUAUGGAGGAUGACAACACAAAUGUGGAACCAAUAUUCGAUUAUCACGACUUCGAUGAAGGGUAUAACAUUGACUCACUCGAAGACAUUGGGAUGAUUGAAUUUUGGAACAUCAGGGACGAAGAUUUCUACAAUAGAUAUGCAAGGAUAAGAGGCUUUAGUGCUCGGAAGAACAGGACUAGGAAGAGUCGUGCAAGCGUACUUAAGUUGAAGAAUUUUGUAUGUCAUCGUGAAGGAUUUAGACCGCAAACUAAUUAUGGCAUUGGAAACUUCAAGAAAAAACCUACAGCCGAGACAAGGUGUGGUUGCAGUGCAAUGAUGGAAAUUCGUCUAGAUGCAUGA